CGCGUCCGAGUUCCCCGACCUCGCCUCCAGCCCCGGCGGCAGCCACUAUAACAUUAACACGAGCAACCGAGCGCCGCCGUCGUCCUCCCGCUCUCAGCACGACAAGUGCUCCAUCUCCUCACUGCCUGCCGCCGAACCCGCAAUGGAGGGCUGUAGCUCAGUCGCUGUCAUGGAGGGGAAGACCAACGGCACCGAGAUCAAAGCACGGGCGGAUGGUCCGGUACAGGGUGAGGGCACCAUCGUCCUCAAGAGGAUGCGGCAUGUCACCAUGGGGAUGGAGGUCCUGGACUGCCCAGUCUGCGCCGCCCCCCUCGGUCCUCCCAUCUUCCAGUGCUCGCUGGGGCAUAUCGUGUGCUCGCUCUGCCGCGACAAGCUCCCAGGGGCGGAGAAGGCGUGCGGGGUGUGCUCCAAACCCGUCUCGGACCGGUGCCACAACAUGGAGCGCGUCAUUGCUUCCAUCCUCGUGCCGUGCUCCUACGCCGCGCACGGGUGCGCCGCCGACGUGAUGGCCUACCACGAGAUGGCGGAGCACGAGGCGGUGUGCCCGCACGCCCCGUGCUUCUGCCCGGAGAAAGGCUGCGGCUUCGCGGGCACGACGGCGGCGCUCGUGGACCACUUCACCACCCAGCACAAGUGGCCGAUGACGGUUUUCAAGUACUUUGAGCCGUUCGAGGUGCCGGUGAAGGCCGGCCGGCACGUCCUCUGCAGCCACAGCGAGGGCAAAGACGACGGUGGCUUCUUCCUGCUGCGCGUGUCGUGGCCGGAGUCUCCCGUGCAUGUGGUGUCGCUGCUCCGUGUGCAGCCGCACGAGCCGGAGUCCAGGUUCGGCUGCUCCGUGGGCUUCUCGUGGUUCCAGGGGCACUACCAGGUCACAAGGGAAGAUACAAUCACGAGCACGUCGCUGUCUGGCGGGAUGCCGACUGACUACUUGUGCAUCGUUGCUGAGGCUGGCCUUGGAGGCCGAGGCCGUGUUGUGCUCAGCGUGACCAUAGAUAGGGAGAUGGUGUAUGGCGACGACUACGACAAACUGUUUGAGGAGGACGGUGACGAUGAGAGCUAUAUCUAUGACGAGGAUGAGGACGACGAUGGCAGCAGCGAUGGCGAUGAAAGCAGCGAGGAGGAAGACGAUGAGGAAGAGGAAGAGGAUGACGACGAUGGCGAAGAGGAGGGUGGUGACGAGGUCGUCGAUCACACUGACCAUUGAUGCAUUGUUCACAGCAGCGUCCCAAUGUCUGCUGAAUGCGCAAGUUGCUGUUGAGGCUUGCAUUGGGUGUAGGUUCUCCUUAAUCUCAUGCUUUUCAGUUGAUGUCAUGGACGAGUUGCUCGGAGAUCGAAAUGUUAACCUUUCAGUUGACUAUGUGGUGAUACUUGAGCCGCAUUUCUGCUAAAGUUAUGAACGUUGUACAUCAUCUGAUCAUCGUGAUAUCCAUCAGGUCAUGACCAUGGUCAUUUCUUUUCGUACUACUAUUAACGUGCUUGUCUUCAUUUCUCA